UCAGAACUUAAUUUUAUUGAUCUUUUCAUAUUGAGAUUUUGUGCUAAAAUCUAGAAAACAAAAUCAUGUUGCUAUUCUGUUUAUUAAUGGUUUCACUUUGUGUUGGCCCUAUUCUUGGACAACAACAAGAGCAACCUUACUUCAUUGAAAAAUGUCCUCGUGAAGAACCGGUUGUUAAUGAAUGUUUAUUGCAAAGUGGUAACAAUCUUGUCCAAUUUCUUCGAAAAGGUAUUCCUGAAAUUGGUAUUCUUGAGGUAGAACCAGUUAUUGUAGAUGAAAUUGGAAUCGCAUUAGGUGGUGGACCGGAUGGAUAUAGAGCUGUUUUUAGAAAUAUUCAAGCAUAUGGUGUUAGUAAUUUAACAAUAAGUCAUGUACGUUCCGAUUUAGAUUCAUAUCAAUUUCAAUUCACAAUUGAUAUUCCAAGAAUACGGGCGACAGCACAAUAUCGAUCAUCUGGAGUAUUAAUUCUUGUUAGAGCUUCAGGUGCUGGUGAUUAUUGGGGUGAAUAUAAUGGUGUUCGUGCCAAAAUUUAUUUGAAAGGUAUGCCAAUUGUUAAAAAAGAUGGAUUACAUUAUUUGACAAUACAACAAGUUAAAAUGGAUUUUAAUGUAAAAGAAAUUCAAAUGGGAGUUGAAAAUAUUGCACAUGGAAACUCUGUUAUAAAAGCGGCAUUAAAUCUUUUUAUAAAUAGUAAUUCUCAAGAAUUAUUAAAGGAAAUGAAACCAGCUUUAAGAUCAAAACUUACAGCUGUUAUUGGUCAAUUUAUGAAUCGAUUAUUGGACAAAAUACCAUUGGAACAAUGGUUUUAUUAA